AUGCUGGGGUGGGCUCUCAAGAAGGGCAUCCAAAGCGCGACUGGCGCAACCAACGCGCCGCCAGAGGAAGGCGACAUCACACAGAUCGAUGUUCCAGAUACCCCGGCGCCAGUCUUUGCUGCUCGUGCCAUCCGACACGCGAUAUUUGGCACCCCGGCACCCGCAAAAGACGGCCCUCCUUCCGAUCCCGGACGCGAUGCGACGGACGCAACGGGACCUGACGCCGCAAUGAAGGACUCAAGGUCGCCUGCGAAACCGACUGGGAUUCUCCUGACUCCCGGAACCGCAACGGCCCGUCGAAAGCGAGUAUCUUUCGAUCGGGACACCAAGGCGGGCACUAAUGGUGACGCCUCGCAAACCGUCGACGCUCUCAAGAAGCCGACUCUGCAGCAAAGAUUGGAGGAGUCGCGUGUCAAGAAGUCAAAAUCCAACAAUCCUGGAUCGAAACCACAGGACCAGCGGAAAGCUGGAGGUUCGACCAAGCCCGUGGAAACCGUGGAGGACGGGACAGACGAUGAGUGGGAAGACGAGAUAUGCAACCACGACGUGACAGUGGAUCUUAACGAGCCCCACUCCAGGUCUGGUAAAUAUUGGAAGUCUGAGUUCAGCAAGUACGCCGACGAUGCUCGAGUCGAGAUGGAGAAGCUCGUCAAAUACAAGCAUCUAGCUAAAUGCUAUGCCCAGAAGAAAGACGCCGAGGCCGUGGACCUGAACCAGAAGCUUAAGGAGGAGCAGGAGAAGGUGGUCAAGAUGGAGAAGAAGAUCAAGGACCUGGCUUCUCAGCUAGGCGGGACCCAAGGAAAAGCUCCCACUGUUUCCGAGAAUGCCGCCCUCGAGAAAAAGUUGGCAGAGAAAACCGAACUAGCUGCCCAGUAUAGGGAGCAGGUGAAGGAGCUAGCAGCAUUGCUUCGGAAUCAAGCAGGCUCAGACGACAAAAGCAACCGCCGCCGCGUUGAUACUUCCCCAGGUGCGGAAAAAACCUUGCUUGAAACCAAUCGUGAGCUACGACGAGCACGUAGUGAGCUCAAGGGCAUGGAUCGUCUUCGUCAAGAGGUGGAUCGACUCAAGUCUGAUCUGCUGUUUUCCGAGCAAAGAACCACGAAACUAGCAGAGGAGAAUAAACGACUUGUAGGGGAGGCUUCACAAUCAUCAGGGACCCAGAAAUUGGAGAGACAAGUGCGGGAAUUGCAGGAGGCGUCGGAACAAAAAGACAACGAGUUGAAGAAGCUGCGGAAAGACUACGCGGAGCUAAAGGAAAAUGCGAAAGCGCAGAGAAGCCAAGCGUUGCAAGUCCUCAAGGAGAAGAACGGAAGAAUCACUGAGCUGGAGAGCAAGAUUGAGACCCUCAAGGGCGCUGAGCUUCAGAACCGUUCCAGCAACCUCGAUGAAGCUCUUGCUCGGCACAGCAAGAUUACCAGGGGUCUCAAGUCGGACAUUGCAACCCUAAACAAACCUUCCAUCCAUCAGAGGGCAAGACUAGGGCAACCCAAGAGAUCGGUCUCAGCCGAGGACCUCACUCUAGAGCUGACGCAACAUUCUCAUCUCAACAUCGACACUGACAAGCGUAGUGCCAUUCCUAAGGAUACUUGGUCUAACCGCCGCUUGUCUGCGGACUGGACCGAUAGUCUGCAAGAUAUUGAAGAGCAGAUCCGGCGAGAGAAACGCCAACAGAUGGAAGCACGGAAACAACAUCGUAAUUCACCCUUGGAUGACUUUGAUGUCGAUGUUUCAAGACGUUUAGAGAUGUCUCACAUCUCGGCAUUAUCCUCUGGAGCGCGACGAGUCAUGUCUGAUCGUAUCAAUGAAGCGUUACCAAGAGAGACGCGCCAGCGAAGCGUCACUUCCCGAGGAACGCUUGGUGGGAAGGUUGAGGCAUCCAGGCGCGGUGCUGCACUCACGGCCUCCCGACACCCCGCUAAGCACGCUUCGCUCCACCCACAAUCCUCAUUCGAAGACGCACCUGUCAUAGAUCUGCUGCAGAAUCGCUUUGUCAAGCUUGGUGGCCCGAAUCCUGACGACACGGCCAUGGCAGCCAAUGUGUCUCGGUGCACUCUGCCUGCGGACCGCGAAUCUGCAGCGAGAGCCCGACUAGCACAAAGGCGAAGGGAAAGACAGAGGGCUACCGACAAAGAGAACAUGAGGCCGUGA